AUGGACCCGCACGAGUUCGUGGAGCUGGCCUGGGGCCUGGCUGACAGCAAGCGCCCCUUCGUUUGGGUGGUCAGGCCGAGCCUCAUCCACGGCUUCGAGUCCGGUGAGCUGCCGGACGGGUUUCAGGAGGAGGUCAGUGACCGAGGUAGGAUCGUCGAUUGGGCGCCACAGGAUGAGGUGGUUGCUCAUCCUGCUGUUGGCGCUUUCUUGACGCACAACGGUUGGAACUCGAUGAUGGAGGCUAUAUCAGAAGGCGUGCCCAUGGUAUCACGCCCGUUCUUGGGAGACCAAUAUGGAAAUGCUAGGUUUGUGUGCGAUGUCUGGAGAGUGGGAGUGGAGGUUGAAGUAGAGAUUCAGGUCGAGAGAGGGAAGAUCCGAGCUGCUAUUGAGAAACUAAUGGGCAACAAUGAAGCCAAAGACGUUAGAGAGAGGAUGAAGAACCUGAAAGAAUUGGCGGCGGAAGGCAUUAAGGAGAGUGGACCAUCUCACACUGCUUUCCUUAACUUGGUUGAUCUCAUAUUGUCAUUUGAAAUAAAAACAUUUAUUCGAAACCUGCAAUUCUUGUUGGUACGAAUCUGUGGAUAUGUACUUCGUUGUGUCCGGUUUCCACAUUAUUGA